AAUUGAAGGUUAGAUUUAAAUUAUACAAAUCUUUAGAUACAAUUAUUCCUUGUAAAAAUGCAAUCUUUAUAGAUCUUUAUAAUCUUUUUUUUCAAGAUUUAAUCUUUUUAUCAUGAACAAUCUUUCAAAGGUUAGAACGUUUUCUACUUUCAAAUGGGCAUUUUCAAAUUUGGCUAAAAAUAAUCUAAACCCCGUAAAAACCGCUACAACAAGAAUACUCAAUCCCGGCAAAAGCGGUGUAUGGUGCCCAGGAGGUUUUUUGGGUACUACCCACAUUAACCAUAGGUUUUAUGGUAAAAAAGCAUGUUAUGAAUUAAAAAAUGGUCAAAAUAAGUCAAAUGAUUUAGAUGAAGAAAACAAUAGUGUUGUAGAAGCACAAGAUGUUCUGAUUGAAUACUUGCACUCUACAAGAAGUUUGCAGUAUUCGGAUGCAGAAAAUAUUAGUCGAAAUUCACCUGAAUUUCUUGAAAAGUUGUUGAAAGAUGUGGAAAAUGAGAAGGAUGUUAAACAGUCUUUAAGAAGGUUGCUUUGUUACCAUCCGAUUAACGAGUUUGAGCCUUUUUUUGAGAGUAUGGGGUUGAAGCCUUGUGAGUAUGCUUCACUUUUGCCGCGCGAUAUGAUCUAUUUAGUUGAUGAUCAAAGGCUGUUAUCGAAUUAUCAUGUGUUAUGUGAGUAUGGUGUGUCCCCUGAUAAAGUAGGAAGGAUUUAUAUGGGUGCUCGUGACGUUUUUAGAUAUGAUCAUGGGCGAUUGUUAGCAGUGCUUGAGUUUUUUGAAGCAAAGGGUUUCAGUCAACCUAGUGUUGUUAAGCUCGUGAUGUCAUGCCCGGAUAUUUUAGUAAUUAAGGAUUUCAUGAAGGUUUUAGAAAUGUUAAUGAACGCCGGGAUUGUAAAUAGUUGGUUUGAAGAGAACAUCCUGGAGGAAAAUACUUAUAGUUGGAGCAGGAUUCUUGAAACUUUGUAUUUGAUUAAGAAAUUUGGUCUUAGCAAUGAGGAUAUAAGAGAGUUAUUAAACAAAAAUCCUAUGGUUUUAAUGGAAGAUUCGGGAGCUAAAACUAUUUCAUUGGUCGUGUUUUUGAUAAAGUUUGGAGCUUCUGUUGAUAACAAAUUAUCAAUGUUUAAGCAGUUCCCACAAAUCAAGAUUCAAACAUUUCUGUCGAAUUUGAAGAAAUCUUAUGAUUUCCUUCUUGCAAUUGAGAUGGAUGCUGAUGAUGCUGCAAAUAUCAUACGCACCAAUCCAGCUGUUCUCGGUUCUUGCACGCUAAAAACUGUUAGGAGCUUACUAAACUCAUUAAAUUGUGGGAAAAAACGCCUUUGUGACACUAUAAAAGAAAACCCACAAGAGUUGAAGAAUUGGGUUCUUGGGAAAAAGGUGAAGGCAUUACCAAACGCAAAGAAUGAAAUGUCCCAGAAAAAGAUUAGAUUUUUGAUGGAUUUAGGAUUUGUUGAAAACUCUAGCGAAAUGACUAAAGCUCUGAAGUUAUUUAGAGGCAAUGGUGGGGAACUUCAGGAGAGGUUUGACUGUUUGGUCAACGCUGGUUUAAGCCGUGAAAACGUCACAGAAAUGGUUAGGUUAGCACCUCAAGUUAUUAACCAGACAAAAGAGGUGAUUGAAAUGAAGUUAGAUUUUUUCGUAAAUGAAUUAGGUUAUAAUGUAUCUUCAUUAGUUACGUUUCCUGCGUUUUUAGCACACUCAAUUCAGAAGAUUAAGUUGAGGUUUGCAAUGUAUAAUUGGUUGGUUGGUCGUGGGAAAGUGAACGGGAACUUGGCAUUGAGCACUAUCAUAGCUAGCUCGGAUAAAAUCUUUUUGCAAGGUAAAGUAGACCUUGAUCCUGAAUGCUUGUAUGCUUGGAAUAACUUCAAGAAAAAGUUUUUCCCUGAAUGAUGUCUUGCUUAGAUUAUAUAAAAACGUCGUUAUUUCGCCGAUGAUUUUUUGAUGUAUAUGAUCGUCUUUGGUCUUUCUUUUGUACUUACUUUCAGAUUUGAUUGUUGUAAAGAUGUGAUAAACAAGAGAAGGUAUAUGUUUGAUGAUUGGAAGUCGAAUAGACUGCUUGUUAAGAUCAA